GGCCGCCAGUACGCAAUACCGCGUGCUCCACCCAGGCCGGAAGCUUCCGGAGACCGCCCUGCGUGCCGUGACCAUCCUCCGCUCCAACCCAACCCAAUCUCCUCUCCUCUCCUCCGCACGCCAUCCCUCCCCGACUACUUAUACGCGCUCCCCGUCGAUCUAUUCCCCACUCCGUCCCACUUCCUCCUCCCUCUCGAUUCCGAUCGGAAUCGCAACUAGCUCCGCCGCUUGAUUAGCCGGCAGCCCCGUCCCCAUGGCGUCCAAGCGGAUCCUCAAGGAGCUCAAGGACCUGCAGAGGGAUCCCCCCACCUCCUGCAGCGCCGGCCCUGUGGCGGAAGAUAUGUUCCACUGGCAAGCGACGAUCAUGGGUCCAUCGGAAAGCCCAUAUGCUGGUGGUGUAUUUUUGGUUACUAUUCACUUCCCCCCAGACUACCCAUUCAAGCCACCCAAGGUUGCAUUUAAAACAAAGGUUUUCCACCCAAAUAUCAACAGCAAUGGGAGCAUCUGUCUUGAUAUCUUGAAGGAGCAAUGGAGCCCUGCAUUGACAGUUUCAAAGGUGCUCCUUUCAAUCUGCUCUCUACUAACGGACCCAAACCCCGACGACCCGUUGGUUCCGGAGAUUGCACACAUGUACAAGAGCGACCGUGCGAAGUAUGAGUCCACAGCGAGGAGCUGGACCCAGAAGUAUGCAAUGGGCUGACCCUGGAGCCGCGCUUGGAGGAUGAUGUUGGGGCCAUCUUCGCUUGUUACACCUAAUGUAUCUUUGUUCCUGUUCUGCUGCUGCUAUAUGGGAUUGUACUGUCCACCUACCUGACUGAAUUCAAGUGUCAUAUUGUGAAGUGAUGGCAGAAGGCCUCUAUGGGUCUAUGGGUGCACCCAUCCAACAAAUUAAUAGAGAUGGGAACCGAAACUAAAGUUGUUCCGUUGCUUGA